AUGGCAGCAGCAGAUGUCCUACCCUCGGCGGACCCAACGCCGUCGCACCUCUCCGACGUCCCGCAGGAGCCGGACAACGAGCGGGUGCUGGGAACUUCGACGGCCGACCAGGCCGUUUGGCUCAGCGGCUUUCGAAUCCCACCCUGCAAGCCCCUCGCUGUUUCGAUGACCUGUGUCCAAGUACGACGACUCACGGGGGAAGCCAUCGUACUUCAUCUGACGGUUGAGGAGAUGAACGAAAUUGUGCUGAUCAGGCACUUGAAGCCGCGUCUCGCACUUGCUUCUUCCAGCACACCCGCGGAUUCCUUUGCGGCCAAGCUAAUUGGCACCGACGGAGUGGAGAUCCGUGACGAUGACCAUGUCGACUGGGAGUUAUUCGGACAAGGCUUACUUCAAUACGUCGUGGUCGACUUCGUGCAGUUCAUGCUUGGGGACCUCAACUUCGAGCAGUUUCCUCAUUUGGAUUUCGCACAAGACCCACACAAGAUGCUACAGCCACGUCUUGCUCUCUUUGAUGCUCACAAGGUUUUCGUGCGAAGAGGGCGUGAUGCUUCAGCAUGCCAGUAUUUCUACGAUGCUUGGGAGGCAGCGAUAAUGAGCCUCGGUCCAGCGAGAGCUAACGUCGUUGAAGCCGAUGGCGGCACCGUGCUGGGCAGAAUGCUGGCCCUCCUGCAGGAAGCUCUUACAUUAGACAGGAAUCCGUUCUGGGACCCAGACAUCGAUGGACCGGAUGGUCAGUGGGUUGGAGAUGAUUUUCUAGAGAUUUCGGAGCAUGCCAUCGUGACGACAGUCAUCCGUUUUGUCACGGAGAAGCUGCAAGUUCAAACAGUAGAGCAGACCUUCCAGCCUCACCAGGACGAGCUGAAAAGUCUACUUUGGAGAUUCGUGCAGCACAAGCUGUCACUUCCUCGGGGCGCGGGGCAUCAUCCUGGUCUUUUGGAAGGCCGGGGGGCAACUUUGAUGCUCGCGCUAAUCGAAAAAGGUCUUCCGCGGUGGUACUGGGGUGGUUGCCAUGGCUUUGGCCGUUUUGGUGACAACCUUUUGCAGUAUAUCCUCGAGUCAACAUGUCACCCGUUGGUCAUUGAGCAAACCGAGGCCGAAGGAUUUCUCUGUCUUGCUCUUGCCGAGAGGUACACCUUAGAGGAUUUUUUCCACCAGACCGCGGCUGGCUGCAUUUCCCUCGAGUACGCCGAGGCCAUCACUGACAGGAUCACCGCAAGGAUGGAAUCGGGUGGGUACCUGGGCGACAGCGACCUUCGGGUCUGGUUCGAAGUCAGCACCAAGAUCAAAGAGCAGAUGCAAAGCAGGGUCGGGGAGUUCAAAGGCAGCUUGCUGGACUUCGCUGCGCUGACCAGGUCUGUGAGGGCAGCUCUGCGAGGUCAGUCGCUUCCGGCUUUCGACAGGGAGCUUUGGCAGCGUGCUGCUGUGGUUCGCCUGGAGUGGAUGAGGAUGGGCUGGAGGUUCACCCGGCAGACCGUCGACGAACAGAUUUUGGAGGUUGUGAGCUGGCACCUUGCACAGACCCGCAUGGCAGAAUUUGAGUUGAGGACUGGGCAUCACGAAACUCUCGAUUCUUAG